AUGGAUGUACUUACUUCCCACAUUCUACCAUCACAAAAGUCGUUUGCAGUAGCCCCUAUAGUGAAGUUAAGUGCGGCAUUGCGUUUCUUUGCCGAAGGUGGUUACCAAACAGGAAUUGGUAAAGAUUGUGACGUGUCCAUGGCCCAAAGCAGUUGGAGUAAAGUUCUGGCAAAAGUGAUACAGAUAUUUGAAGAAAACUUAUGCCCAAGAUGGAUAAGAUUCUGGAGAACAGAAGAUGAAAAAAUUAAAAUUGCACUAGCUUUUUAUACAAAACAUGGUAUUCCAAGUGUCGACGGAACCCAUGUCCGCAUUAUUGCACCCAAAAGUAAUAAAGAUUUGUAUUACAAUAGGAAAGGAUACUACAGUUUGAAUGUAAUGUUGGUCUGUGACCACGAGCUUAGGAUUCAAUAUGUAGACGCAUCACACCCCGGCGCGUGCCACGAUUCAUUCAUUUGGAAUAACAGCGAAUUGCGAGCUCACCUAGAAAAACCAUAUUCAAUAGGCGGUAGCAGUUAUUGGCUCCUUGGAGAUGCAGGGUAUGCUUUAGAACCAUGGCUGAUGACACCCCAUAGAAGACCACAGGAUGGAUCCGUUGAAUUCAAGUUUAACGAAGUCCAUUGUAAAUGCCGCAAUGUAAUUGAACGUAUUAAUGGCGUCUUGAAAAAUAGGUGGAGGUGCAUUCUUGGUGCUAGAGAGCUGUAUUACACUCCGGAAGAGGCAGUAAAAAUAAUUAAUAUUUGCUGUGCAUUGCACAAUAAUUGCAUUAGUUUCAAAUUCAAUACUGCUAUAAAUGAGGUGGUUAAUUUUGACAUUUUCAGCAUGAGUGAUAGUGAUGUGGUAUCUUCACUUUCCCUAUUCUAUUUAUCUGUUGCUCAAAUUUCCCCCACUUCACCGUCGGAUUCCAGCACCGAAUUGGGACGUUCACUUCAAUUGGAAUUGCAUCACUUCAAUUGA